AUGUCUGUCUUCCGUUCUUCGGUUUCGCUCGUUCAGCAAACGACCCGUAAGUUCUCGCCUGAUUUCUAUUAUAACAUAAUCUAACGCUAAAGGUGCAGUCAUUUUAAUGCGUUGUCACUUUUUUUAACUUGUCGGGUUGAGAACUUAUGCUGUCUGAAGCAAUUGCAUGCGCUUGUCAUUGCACACAGGAGCGAAAUACUUCAACUUACAUCUUGCGCUUACAUUUUCACUUAGUCCGUUCGCGCUUGUUUUUGUGCCUUUAUCAUUUUAUUGGCUGUACACUGAAAGUCCUAUACAUGCUACUGCCGACCCAAGGAUCCAUCCGGAUGCAUAAAUAAAGUCUGAUCGUGUUUAAUUUCAGGCAUAUUGUCCCGUCAAAACUUAAAAACGUGAUUGCUUCAAUAAUGUUACCGUAUGGCGGUAGCUCAAUGCCAUAGUGAGUUUGAGUAACGUCAUUGCAAACUGUCACAAAUCACUUACUUACACUCUUGCUGAAUUUCCUAGUAUAAAUGUAGUAAAUAACUGCAGUUAAAACAUCCUUAAGUUGUUGCGAAUAAGGCCGUACUUUUUUGUGGCCGUCUGCCAUCUAGCACACGAAUAUGCGUAGUCGAAUACGACUACUGCUGACUUGAGUUCUACAGCACUUUUCUUUGUCUCCCUUCCGUCUAAAUCAGGUCUCCUAUACACCAAUAACGUGUACUAGGAGCUCCGAUCUUUACUGUGAGUCAAUUUUUAGUCGUGAUAUCAGACUUUUGGACGUCUGCGCAACUUUCCAACAUUUGGCCACGCUUGGCCUUCAGAGCAAGAUGGAUGCAGUGCGUGUGUGCGCGCAGUCUUUGAUAGACUACCGAAAGGCUCUAGCCCUAUGAGGGCGGCUGGAAACGACGCUUAACCGACGUGUACGCACGUAUAUACACCCAGCCUUUGUCAAGCUGUCGACCGCUGGACGCAAUGAGCGACACAUGUGAGAGGAUGUCGUCCAAAUGGGCCAAACUCCAGACGACGCGUGCAGUCGGUGUAUGUGAGUGCCUUAAUGAGGCCUUUGACCCCGCCCAUGAGAACGAACUAAUAGGUAGGAACGAGCAGUAUUCAAGUGCAGUUUCAUCAGGAUAGGCCUUGGCGGGAUCACACUAGUAUAUUCACCCACACUUGCUCCCCGGUUUCAGUUUUCAUUGUGCUACAAAAACACAGUUUGGAGCGGCACUUAUCAUCUUUUCUUCAUUUACCCAUUUCAAAUAACGAUCCUGCAUUAUAAGCCGCUCAAUACUUAAACGUUCCUCACUCUCGACUACUGGAUUAGUAUUACUCGACAGUCGAACCCUUAGGAUCCUACUUUGUGUCACCUUGAAUAGUCCCAAUCGGAAUUAGUCUUGCAACCGUGUCAUCAACUUAUAUUCAGGGUCUUCUGAGUUAAAUGCGUGUAGGCCGAAUAGGUGACUCAGGCUGGAUCACGUGCUGUGUACAUAAAGUCCCAGGGCCUUUUAUUGGAUUUUGCGUUUACGUAUUUCUGACAGCAUUCACCAUUUCUCGUUCAGACGGCUUCGAGUUACGAGUGCACCUUGUCCGGAUGAUUGCCUUUCAUUGCAGUUUGCCAGUGCCAGCCUUCAAAGCGUCGCGGUGCAGCUCACAAGGGAGGACUGUUGCGAGUUUUUUCGCCUACACUAAUACAGCAAAACGGUUGAAGACAAAUAAAAGAUAAUCUAUGGAGGUAGCAGAAUCUUUGACCGGUCAAAAUUGAAUCUCCUCGCAACUAGAAUUUUUUAAACACAAUUUCCUAGCAUAGGUUGCACAUUGACACGGCCAUCAUAAUGCUUAGUGUCAGUGUCUAUCUCACGCAUACUACUGGGGUCUGACAAGGGAGUCUGAAAAUGAGCAUGAACCCCUUAGCCUUCGCCUGCAACAACUUCGGCCUGACAGUCAACACGAACAAAACGAUGGUCACGCACCAACCGUCACUAAACGCUGGGUACAACUCUCUUCGGAUCGCUGUCAACGCCAACCAACUUGAAACCGAGGACGACUCGCCCUAUCUAGGAAGCACACUCGCGCAGCACAAAGAUCGACGAUGAGGUGUCCCGCCGGCUCUCUAAAGUCAACCAGGUCUUUGGCGGGCGGUAACCCUCCGUCUGGAAUCGCCAGACGACGUUCGCCUACCAAAAACAAAUAUUUUAAGGGUAUGUCGCCACGGGUUCUCGCCGACUGGAAGAACCAAAACGACAUUGCAAGGUCACUCUGAAGACUUCCCUGGAACGCCUGCAGGUCAGUCGGGCAAACUGGGGAGACCUCGCCCGGAACCGACCGGCUUGGAGGAGGACAGUGAAGACAGGAACAGCGAUUUACGAGGCCAACCGCAUAACCGCCUCCAAAGCCAAACGCGAAGCUCGAAAAUCCCAACUGUCCCCGCCUCAACGCCAACAGUCAACCGCCCCCAACAUGCUCUCGGCGUAAGCGAACGUUCCAAAUACAAAUCGAUCUUAUUGGACGUCUUCGAACCAGCUGCAGCACCCGGACGCCACCACCUGGUCCACCCCCCCUCCCACGUCACUAAUCAACCACAACCGUGCUCCUAAUCCCUCGUCACCAUCAUCCUCAUCUUACCCUCGGCUGCGGCGUCCCCUGCCCCCACCACCAUUGCACACAAUCCUGACGCACUGUCAAACAUCAACCUCGCCACCGUCAACACCAGUGAUGCGGAUUCGGUCCAAACCUGUCCCUGUUGCGAUCGCACAUUCACCUCACAUAUUGGCUUGGUCGGUCGCAUGCGAAUCCAUCGCACAGAGACUGGAAAACCAGUGCCUGGAGCACACACAGACACUCCGCAUCCGCCUAAAUUGUACACACUGCCCCCGCACAUUUGCUCACCGCGUGGGCCCACUCGGUCACAUGCGUAUCCACGACAGCGUACUUCACCACAGUCGUCACAUCUCGCACACCCACCGUGACUAGCCCAAUCUCGGAUUCUGUGGUCCUUUACAGGGUAGUCGUCUGGUCAGUCCGCAACCCUCCGCCUCCCACUAAUAUUGUCGCUUUUGCUCAGUGACCUCUUUUUCCUCAGAUGUAGCUACCUUUAAUCGAAGGUAUUUCCACUAUUUGACAACCGUGGAUACUCCAGAGGUUUGUUAACAAAGAGGCUUUCAAAGCCACCCUCAGUGCGGCUUCUUAUAGAAGUCCCCAUUUUCUGCAUUUCUGACUGUCUUUUGAAUGAGUGUGUUUUAUCAAUAAGUACUUUCCGAAUCCACAUUUACUUUUAUUAUGUCUGCUCCAUGCCGCCGAAGUUUUCCGUCUUCUUAUUACUGCCUUUAGGUCUCGGCAUCUUACGGCUCGCCCCUUCGGCGUUUCUACCGUCUCGCUUGGCGUCGUCAAACCCAAAGUAUGCGAAUAGCGAGGAGCCGUAUGCAGAGUUCAAGCAACGCUUCAUGACUGCUUUUAACAAGCCCGACCUGGAUGGAUGGUGGCUGCGAAAGUAUCUUCAAGACUUACACGUGGAAGACAUCAUACCUGAGCCAGACAUCGUGGUUUCAAUACUGAAAGCCUGCCGUCGGCUGAAUGACCUCGCUCUGGCUAUUCGAUAUAUUGAGAGCUUGAAGGUAUGCCGUCACGGGCUUAGAUUACACCUUUUCUCCCCUUUAGCACAAAUGUGGUAUUAAGCCUGAACUUUUCCCCUGGCUCAUGAAUGAGGUUGCGCCAACCAUGAAGGAAUUGGGCAUCCCGACGCUUGAGGAACUAGGGUACGACAAGCCGGAGCUCUACACCCUAGACUACGAUGAUUGA